AUCUAAUCCGUUUUCCAUGGCUUCCUCUCCCAAAAUCACUAAUCUCCCUUACAAGAGGCUUUCUCUAGAAGAUGAUGUCUUCGGCCAAACAACAAGAAGAAGAUCGUCAUUCUAUUCUUACAGGUUCAGGAGAGUGGUGUCAUUGGGAGGAAGAAGGAGGAUUAGGGUUAGAGUUAAGAUCCGAAGACUUAGAGGAUUUGUAAGGAAGAAAGCGAAUAGGGUCAAAACUGGAAUUUUAAAAAUAUUGAAGAGGUUGAAGGAGAGUCAAUCACACUUUGGUGAUCUCUUUGCUGGUAAUUACCUUUUCAUGCAAGUUAAUCCUUCUUCUCUUAACACUAAGUAUGUCUUCGACAAAUCUUUUCAAAGCCAAAAUGGUAACUUCCCCUCUAGAUUAUCUCUUCCUAGAGUUCUUAUGUAAAGACGGAUAAACAAUAACUAUAGUUAUGUUUCUGUAUUGUUCUAAUUACAUGUGGUUCUGUGUCUGGUUUUGUAACUUUUUCAAGAAAAAAUUAAAUACAAA